AUGCAGCACCGCUGCCUCGCGGCAGCGCUCGUCGCUGCGUGCGCGCUCUGCGACGAAAGCCACCUGCGGCAAUAUGUCGAAGCGACCAUGCGCGAGGACCACAGCACCUGGUACGACGCGUCCACCGAGUCGUUCCCGUCGCGAGCGGUCGUGGGCGCGCGCCUGCGCGCCGCCAUCGCGCGGCGGAGGCUCGUCUACGGCGUCAUCGGCUACAGCAUCACCGUGGGCCGCGGCAACUACUUCAACCAGAGCUGGCCGGCCGCGCUCGAGCGCCGGCUCGCGCGCGCGCUGCCCGGCGUCGCCGUCGAGGUGCGCAACAUGGCCGUCGGCGCGAGCCCGCCCUACCCGACCUGCGCCUGCCUCGCGGAGACCGUGGGGUCUGACGUCGACGUCUUCGCCUGGGAGUUCGGGAUGACGGGCGGCAACGACGGCGAGGAGAAUCUGUUCCGGUCGUGCCUCCGCAAGGCGCUGGAGCUGCCGUCGCGGCCGGCCUUCGUGCUCAUCGACUCGCAGACGCGGCGCACGGACGUGCUGCGGCGGCUGGGCGCGCUGUCGACGGUCGUCAAUCUGCGGCGGGCGUUCCUCGCGUCGCACGAGGACGGCGACGGCGACCGCUGGGCGAAGCAGGGCAUGCCCGAGGGCUGCAAGGCCGCCAAGUGGCACCCGGGCGUCGGCUGGCACGAUCUGACGGCCGCCGCCCUGGCCUGGCACCACGCGACGGCCGUGCUCGCGGCCGACGACGGCGCGGCCGCGGCGCCGCGCGAGAUCCGCAAGGCCGGCAUGGGCAACGUGCUCCACGACGCCUGGACCUGCCGGACGUCCAUGCUCCCGCGCCACGACGCCGGCGCGGAUCUCGGAAGUAUCGUCGCCUCGCGCCUCAACGCCGCGUCGCUCGACGGCGGCUGGGCGGUCGCCAUGGCGCCGUCGGACCUCCUCGCGGCGCACCACAUGAACGAGGUCUGCGGCGCGGGCUACCCGGACCGCAAGCUCGUCCUCCUCGGCGCCGCGGCCUCGGGCCCUCUCGCGCUCGCGCUGCCGGCGGCGGCGACGCGCGCGCUCUUCUGCUCGCCGCCGUCGUCCGCGGAGUACAAGCGCCUCGCGCGCGUCGAGCAGCGCGACAAGCGCUUCGCGGCCCGCGCCGAGAACCCGGGCGAGCUGCGGCGCUACGGCUGGCAGGAGGACCUGCCGCUCAAAUACGCGUCGCUCCCGAGCCUCGCCUUCGAGGGCGACCUCGCCGUCGCCGCGGACGGCGAAGCACUCGCGCCCGCGGUCUCCUGCGCGUCCGCGUACCUGAGCGACGCGCUCUGCGUCGCCGUCGAGCUCCCCGAAGCGCCGGGCCCGCGCAACGUCACCCUGGCCGUCGCGGGCGGCUUCACGGAGAUCUCCCACGUCAUGUGGUCCGCGGACCGGGACGCACUGCCCCAGGACGCGCUCUGCAAGGCCGCGAACCGCUACGCGACCGGCGAGCAGCUCCCGCGGAAGAAGAAGCCCAAGAAGGGCGGGAAGGGGUAA